UCCAUUAUAGUUAGUACUUGGUGUGGUUGUAACUUGAAAUUAUUGUAUAAUAAAUUACUUAACCGAUAGUCCCUGUCCGACGGUCACAUAACAAUAAUCAUAAAUACUGCAUUGUGCACAAUCGAUUCUAUUUACAGUCAAGAACUGAAAGAUAAACACAUUUUACAAGAUUAUUAAGAUCUUUCACUAAUAAUAAUAAUAAUAAAAUAAAAACAUGAAAUAUUUUGAUCUCAUUCUUAAUUAUUUUUAAUCGUCAAGAAAUCCGUAUUUUAGUUCGAGUGCUUUCGCCGAUAGUAAUUUAUAGCACUUACCUAAACCACCCCCAAAAAAAAAAAGCAUCAUGAGUACCAACAAAUGGUUGUUGUGCGGUGCAUCAUUAAUGGUAUUGUUUUCAGUCGCCCAAUGUGAGAAUUGUACGAUAAAAAAAGUUUCAAAUGGCAUCAUCAACCGAUCGGUCAUUUUGACUUGCCCUUCUCAAGACGGGGCAUUAGACGCCAAGUUCUGUUGCUACGAUCCAUACGAAAAUGUUGAAUGCUGUAAUAUUAUCAACCGUUUUCAAAAUGUUCUUCAAAAUUACACACCAAGUCUAUUGAUUCUGUUGAUUUUAGUUGUUGGUCUAAUAUUAGCAUGUUGUGUAAUAUGUAUUUGUGUUCCAUGUUAUUGUAUGAUGAAACGCCGACAACCAGUCUACAAGGAAACGAAUGACAACACAAAUAUGAUUGCCGCAGUUCCGUUACCCCUUGAGUCGGAUGGAGAAAACACGCCUAAAAGAGAAGUAACGCAUCACUUGCCACCUGGAGCCUAUCCAGUUUAUCCUCAGUUCAUGGGUAUGCAACCGCUGAAAUCGACUGAUGUAAAUUGUUAAUACUCACAUCACACAGAAUAUUAAAUAACAAUUCUCAUUGAAAAAGCCAAAGCAUAAAAUAUCUUCAGUGUGCCAUAACAACAAUUAUUAAGGUUUGUGAAUGACUCAACUUAAACGGAAAAAAAUUAUAUAUAUUUUUUUUUCAUACUAAUUUAUUAUAUUUUAUAACUUAAAAAUGAUCUAACUUAACGAAAAAAUAUUAUUAUCUUAAAUAUUUUGUUACCUCAAUAAUGUUAAGUAAAUACUAAGGAUGUACGGUAUCAUAUUUAAGAAUAAUAAUAAUAAGACUAUA